GGCGGCGGGACGGGCCGGUCAGCUGGCGAGCCCGGUGGCGGGUCGGGAGCCGCGCGCGGCAGGCAGAGCGGGCGGGAACCGAGAGCGAGGCGGAUGGAGCGCGGCGCGGUGCGGGCGCUGGCGGCACGGCUGGGGCUCGGCGAGCCGCGCGUCGUCAGGAAAGCCGAGGAGUACCUGCGGCUGUCCCAGGUGAAGUGCACGGGGCUUAUGACGCACGUGACCGCGACCGGCAUCGCCGUGAUGUGCCUGGAGCUGGCGGCCCGCUGCGCCAAGCGCCCCGCCGACAAGAGCUCCUUUAUUAAGCUCUCCGGUUUGAACAAGACCGCGUACCAGAGCUCCAUGAAGUCCUUGGAGUGUUUGCUGGGGGUGAACGCCCGGCUGGGAAUGCGCGACCUGGCGGUGCAGUUCUGCUGCACGGAGGCGGUGAACGCGGCUUCGGAAAUCCUGCAGAGAUAUGAGUCUAGCCUCCCUGAAGCACAGCAAAUGGACCUCGAUUUCUCAAAACCACUAUUUACAACAGCUGCACUAUUCACUGCAUGCAGGUGUUUGAAGCUGAAAGUGGACAAAGCUAAGAUGUUGGCUGUAUCUGGAGUGAAAAAAGCAAUAUUUGAUCGUCUGUGCAAUCAGAUGGAGAAGAUAAGCCAGCAACUCAGCAAAGAUGAUAUUCCAUUAGCUGCAGAGACAUCUGAAACCCUGCAGACUGACGUGGAACAGUGUGAGAAAGAAGGUUCUGAAGAUUAUGAUGAUGAGAUUCCAUGUAAACAGCCAAAGACUGAAGCAAAGCAAGACUAUGAAGAAUGGAAAAGGAGAAUCCUGGAAAGUGCUGCUAAGGCACAAGAGACAAAUAAUGGUACUGUUUCUAUAGUGCCACCUUGUAACAUCACUGCUGCUUGCUCGUAAUGUUAACAGUCCUUUUGCUCUAACAAUUCCUGUAGCAUACAAGUGAUGACUGGCUGGUAUUCAGCUAAUUUUAUUUUUUUAGCUAGUUUUUAAAUGUUAUUUUUAGUAAAUGACAAUUGAGGUGAUUUUUGGAAUAACCAUGUUUAAUUAUUUGCCAGGCUGGUACUUGAGCAGCUGUAGCAUUAUGUGGUAGGAUAGCCUCAUUUUUCUUGCUGCAAGAAGCAGGUGAUGUUCCAAUGCCAUGUUAAAUGUGAAUAAAUUAUAAGUUACAUGUCCUUGUGCCUCUGGCUGGAAGUAGUCAGUGAAACAAGUGGGAGCAGACUAACUGUGCCUUAUUUAACAGCAAAAACAACAGAUGAAUUGAAGACUGAUUAUAUUUUUUUAAACUGUCAAGUAUUUAGUCACUGAACUGACUAUAGUUUUUGUGCCUGUGUAGGACUGAAGUUUGUGUAUGUAAGGUGACCCAGCUGUUCCAAGAAACAAAGAUAUCAGAGGGAAAAGCUUUGUAUUAAGAUAUGCAUUUUUAUUUUUUUUUUGCAUGCGCUUGUUGUAUGUAAAACUUUUGGAGGGCAAAAUAAGACAGAGGACAUGUCUGUAGAAGAUAUCCAGGGAACAAGGAUUUCAAACCUAAUGGAUCCUGGGAGACAGACUGUUUUUUGCAUCUCAGGGUCAUAAGCUUCAACUGAAGAGUGCCCUGACCCAUAGGUCUUAGAGGCAACUUUUGUAAUCCUAUACUUUCAUUCCACCUAUUCAGACUAGGACUUAAAGUAACUAUUUUUGAAAGAAAAAUUACAACUUGUAGCAUUCCAGGACUGGUGUUGCUAUAAUAAAGUCAAGCCAACUCUGCUGCCCA